AUGGCGAGUUACGAGAGUGGAGAGACGAACAUAAGUCAGCAACCCCAAGGAAGUGUCCCCGCCAUGCGAAGCGUCCCCCUGGUGCAAGGACAGAACAAACACCACCCCAUUAACGGCACAGCGUACCAAUGCACCCGAGGAAGAAACACAAACGAUGAAAGGAAAACUUUGAACCCCAUGAGCAAAACGAAGAAUUCAAAUGUUCCCUUCACCAAGUUGCAUGGAAACAACAAGUAUCUAGGGGAGGGCAAGAACUACUACCUACCUGUUAACCAACCAGUGAGUGGACUGGUCAGUGCACCGGGUAGCGCACUGGUUAGUGUACCCGUUAACGCACCGUUGAGUAACCACCCCAAUCGGAUCCAAAUGAACAACAUCACUUAUUCGUUUAAUGACAAUGGAGAGUCGAGCCACAUGAACAAGUUCGGUUAUCACAAAGAGGGGAGGAGUAAAAACUGCAUGCUGGUCCCAGAUCCGAUGAUUCGCAAUGCAGCUAGAAGGUCUUCUUAUGGAGAGUACAAAAUGAGUGGCCCCAAAUUGACUAGCACCUAUCGCAACGACAGAAAUAGCUAUGCUGUGCUGAAUAGAGCGAACGAAUUGAAUUUCCCUCCAGGGUGUAAUAAUAAUGGUAUGGCCCCUUCCGAAAUGAUGCAGGAGAGUCCUCCUGGGUGUGGGGAGGAAAGGACUCUCGAGCAGAAGGUAGACAUGUCGAAUGAAGAAAAAAAGAACACAGAAGAAAUGCGCAUUCAUAAUAUUAUCACAAAGGAAGGCAAGCACAACCAAAUUUUUAAUCCAACAGUGGGGGGUAAACAAGGGGGAGGAGAGAUGCAGGGGUUGACACAGCGCACAGAACAGAUUCUGCUCAAUCCUGGUGAAGAUAUGCAAAAGGGAAAAGUAGAUCCCAUGUUUGACCACAGCAUCAAGCAGGUGGAAAUGGGAUCAUUCGCUUUGCAGAACAACAGCAAUUGUAACGCUCAUCGCGAUGAUUAUAACCAAGUGAAAUAUUUGGCCAAGCCCAUGACGCGAGAAAAAGGAAAUGUUGAUUUUACCACCAAAAGGAAAAACUACAGGAAUGGAGCUUAUAACAAUUUCUUCACCCCUUAUGAGCACAGACUAAAUCUGUUGAAGAAGAAAGAGCCCCCCCCCUCCUCCGCUCCCUUUGUAUGUUUCAACACAAAUUCGAAAGGAGACCAAUCCUUCGAGAAGCCACUUUAUGAAAAGCGUAGACAUGCAGUACCUCGUGGAAGUGGCCUACUACCCCAGGUUCAUAUUCCCCCACCACACAUUAAUGAUGUCGCACCAGUGGUGAAAUAUUCAGGGGAGACACUCUACAAUGGAGUGACCCCUGUAGGAACUUCUCUCCUUUGCACCCCCACAUUGUGCGCGUCUCCUCCACGACCAGAAGGACGUACCUCCUUAAUAGACUUAACAGCGAAGCGGCCAAGGGGCAGCAUCUUAAAUUCACUAGCCAAAGACAAAGAAGGAAGAAGACGGUUCUUACCCAAAUCGAACGAAUCUGUUGACAGCAACUGCUUCAUGUAUAACUCAAGCGAGUUGGGUAGUCUAUCCCCUGACAUGAGGACAUCUGCCAGUUUGAAUGUAUGCCUUAGUCUUGGUUUGAACAAGAAAAGUAAAAAGGGGCUGGGGUUGGAGGGGCUUCCCAAAAACACCAACAGUAUGAACCAUAAGGUUCAUCCAAUGACAGAUCUUUUUCUUUCGAACAAUGCUAAAGGAGGAAGCAGUAGGAAGAAAAAAGGAAGUAAAAGCUUCAGUUUAAAUUUGUGUAGUGCUUGUUUAAAUAUUGACGAUGGUAUAUAUUUGAAGCAGAUUAACGAAAUUAUUAACAGAAAUAUCAUUUUUUCAGAGGACGAUUUGCUAAUCAUGGACCAGUUGACCAAAUCUAGCAUUCACAACUCCUACAUCUUUAACAAUGUAAAAAGUGUUAGUAGCUUCCGCAAAGGAGGACUCAACUGGAUCGUUUAUAACAACCAUGGUGGGUACCCUUGUACAAAAACUCAAAAGCAGGUCACGAUCAACUAUGAUAAGGCAGAUACAGAGCAGCAGUGUGCACAUAUAGGAGGAGGGGGAGGAGGAGGAGAUAUAAAUGAUGGUGAAGGUACCUACGUAGAUUUGAUUAAGAAAAAUAUUUUCUGUACAAACAAGUACAUUAUAGAACCCACUAUUGAAAAUACUUGGCUGAAGAAAGUUUUGCUUAUCAUUAAGAAAGAGGAACUGGAUCUAGAUGCAUUUUUUUUUAAGCUCAAAUAUUAUUUUUACAAAUCAGUCUUAUUUUUAUACCAAGAGGGAAUCAAAUCCUACUUAGGAGAUGUGGCAAAUCAAAUGAAGAUUUAUAUAAACUACAACUUCUGGUCUGCAUCUGAGGUGGCUUUUAUCCUGAGACAACUCACUAACCUCUGUAGCAUACAAAUUGAAGUCAGAGUAAAGGGAGAAAUCGGGUGCGUCAUUUAUUUGAACAAUGAACCUAAAGGUUUCCAAGGCUUUGUAGACAGUCACAACUUAAAUGAUACCUUUACCAAAAAGGACUGGAUCUUGUUGCACAGAUUUGCCAUUAAAAUGAUGCAGUACAAGAAGGAGGGUAGUGAGGACCAGGGAAGGAGUGAGCCCCCUUCGCCAGCUCUUCUCGCCACUGCGACGGAGCAAAUGAACGAGGUGGAAGAAGAACAGGGGAAGGAGCGACAUAGCGAAAGUGGUAAUAUUCGAAGCAAUGACACGUGUGCCCCUCCCUGCGAAGAUGAGAACGAUGCCAAUUUGUCGGACGAACUGCUGAGUAGAGGUGACGGGGACAGGGACAGGGACAGGAACAGUUCUUCGCUUAACGUGGACUCCCCUUUUGGAGAGGACAAGUUGGUUAGCGGCGGGUAUAUGGAGCUGCUCUCUCCCGCUAGUGUGACCCUCGCCGCGGCGCUCAGCAAGACAAUUAGGGAAGAAGAGGUUAAGGAAGAGCCUACUGAAGCGAUUACCAACGUGGGUAGCAUCUCAAGUGGUAACCCUGCGCAAGGCAGAAGCGAAGACGGCAGUGAGUGCAUCUUCUGCUCACCCACCACCAAGAAACUCAAGUCCUACAUGUUCAACGGAGGAAGGUACGCUUUCGCAGCCAAACUAAAACACGAAAUUAAGCACUUCAAGUCCAAGCGAUUAGGAGAUAUUAUCCACCUAGUACAGCUAGCUAUACACAAAGGAAUAUUUGUUUAUUCACAAAGGAUUCUCCUCCCUGUCUCGGCAUGCGAAAAAAGUGCAGAAGAUUUGUAUCCUAAAAUAAAAAACUUUAACUAUGAGCUUUGUGAAACGUUAGGAGAGGUCAUGAGAAUUAUUUCCCUCCUGGUCGAUCACAAACCCAAUGGACUUGUCCUGGCACAACUAAAGCAACAAUUCAUUCUUCAAUUCAAGAAAGAGCUAAACAGCCUGCACUUCGGUUAUAAGAAGCUUCAAAAUCUCCUCCUAGCAGAACCCUUUAGUAAGCACUACAAAUUAUACAUCCCCAAUUGUAAUAUGCACCGCACGCACAUUCAGCAUAAGAAGUACAGGAUCCCUGACAAUUGCAGAAUUUUCCAAAAGGAGAGCAUCAACGUGGGGUCCUUUCUUGAGUUCAUCGACCAUCACGAGUUUGGUACCUACAACGUGGAGGAGGAGGAUGGCGACAUGGACGGUGAUAACGACGGCGAAGACGAGGAACAGGCAGAAGAAAUAACGCCUUUGGAGGAACAUACGAAUGUAACAACUCAGAUGAGCGCUCCACUACCCACACGAAACCACACAAAUGAGCUCCUUAACAGUGAAAAGGCGAGUGCCGCACCAGUCGACACAGAAAGUCAAACAGAACAAAACCAAGACAUUCAAAUGUAUGAAAAUUCUCAAGAGAGCCAAGAACACGGGAACACAACAGAGCAUGCAAUUAGCAAAAGGGGGAUACUCUCCAAUAAAGAGGACCAGACCUCCUCCCAGCAUUGUCGCCCCGUUUGCACCGAUGAGGUAGAGGCCUUCAACGUGCCACUCACAUGGCAAAUGAACAGAGAAACGACUAAACCAAGGGGAACCAAAAAAGGGGACCACCUCAGCUACAAGAAUUUGAUGAACCUCCCCUUGUUCAUUCGAGAAAGUAUACAAAUGACCCUGGAGAGCCAGGAGGAUGAUAGGUGUACAUAUUUGAACAUGUCACAUGCAGCGCAAUUUUUUACAGAUCAGGACGAGGGCUCCACAUUGGAAGAUUCAAAUUCAAAACAGAGGAACGACAUGUACCUUUCGAUGUUGUCACGAAUGGCAUAUGCAGCAGAGGAAGGAAACACAAAUAAUAAAGGGGAAGAAGCGCCAACAGAAGUUACUAAACACUCGUGCAAGGAGAAUGAAUGUGGAGGAGGAAGCAACGUACUGAGUAUGUUGUGUCGCAUGGACCUAGACGCGAAGGAUGCACACGCUGAAAAGUUGAGGGGGAUAAUGGAGAUUUUUGCAAGUACAAAACGUCAGCAUGAAAGACAUCCUACACAUGAGAACGAAAAUCAACAGGAUAACAUCUGGCACUACACACCAGUGUGUGAUGAUACGGAGAAGGAUAGCACCGUCGCAGCGACUUCAAAAAUGGUAACACUCCCCCCGCUACUCAACAUUUUCACCCUAAUUAAAAAAUACAAAAGGAAAAAAAAAAACUGCCAACUGUCCUUGGAACAAAGAAAUAACAACAGCGAUAUUUGGAGGAGCAAAAUUAGCGAGGAGGAUGUUCCUCAACAGCAUGAUGGUGAGGACAAGUCGAAUGAAACAAAGAUGGUCUCCCUAAAUAAUGAUCCAGGGUUGGGAAGUGGUCCGACAGAUGUCUCCUCAGGAUCACCAGGAAAUAAAUUUCUCCGCUUCAAGAAGGAUUCUAAAUUGUGUAAUUCCUCUCGCACUGGGGUAGAUAUGGAGGGAACAAAAGCUGUUAGACCGUUUGGCAAAAAUGGCUUUUACGAGAAGGGGGCUUUCACCAGUGCAGAUUAUGUUGCCAACACGAUGAGAGAAGAAGACAAUUCGGGUGAGUCCCAUUUUGACCUGAACAAAGUCAGGCAGAAUUAUUUCCAAUAUGUGAAAAAGAACCAAGGGGGUGGGAGUCUUUCUCCGAGCUACCAUUUGGGCAAAAGAGGGAAAAGCUUUAUUAAAGACUCUUCUUCGUCAGUGGCCCACGGAGGGGAAGUCGUUUCUCCCGCGCGUUCCACAAUGCAGUCCCCGCUGCUGCCGCCAAACUAUCUCCCCCCUUGCGCACCUACUAAUGUAAAGCAAAACGGGCAGCACACCCCAUACGACACACAACUUGGACGCUUCGACAGAGAGACAAACCAAAUGACCGAUUGUAAAAUUGUUCAAAAUAAUAUCCCUGGCGAAUGUUGCAACAUUUGGGAUGAUACUUCCCAGACAGGAAAAAAUGCAAAGGGGCAGCUGUACAGGCCACCCCAAGGGGGCGAGGAAAAUACCCCCUGUGGAGACUAUUGCCAAUCGAGUGACCUAAACUUGUGUGAACCGAUGCGGUUAGAGGCAGAUAAUGGGUACACCAUAAAUGAGAAGACCUCACACGGAGUGCCCCCAAUGGGGAGCAGCGUCGACAAGAAGUGUAGUCCACCAGAGGGAACACGUGAAGAGCACCUGUGCAUGGGAGGCCAAAACCCGCAUUUUUAUAAUUAUAAUUUCACCCAGGGGAAGAAUACGAACAUGCACAGUGGGGAGAACAAACCUUGGGGUACAGAACUGUCGAGCAGCCCAGAUAGCAACAUGAACGUCAGUAAAAAUGCGCAAGCAGAUGGGGACACAUGCAUUUACGCUGCCCCACACAAACUCGCUGAGGGGUUGGUACCUUUUAAAAGCCACGUCGCUAACCAAAGCGGAAAAAGUUUCCAAGGCGAACAAGUGGAAGAAGGACUCUCUGUUGAUACGGCCCCCUGGGGAAAAAAUGCCGAUCUGUUGGGACCUCCACAACGUAGCACGAACAAUCUGAUCAGCGAACAGGUGCAAAACACAAAAGAUAAAAACUCGCAGAAUGACUCAUUAAAGCAUGCCAAUGGUAAUGUGUAUCAUGUGGAGGGAGAAAAUGGAUUCCCAAGUAGUGGUGCCCUCUCGAGUGAGAAAGCACCGGCACACCAGGCAGGAGGCGACAUACACGAUGCGAUCAAUUGUACAUACUUAAAAAAAACGAACUUCAUAAAUUGUGACCUAAACAGAGUGGGAGGAAACACAGACAAUAAUAGUAACUCUACUACCACUACAACUACGACUGUUGCAAAUAACAUCAACGGGGGGAGCAACAAUUCUGGCCACAGCGACUCUGUUGUGGAUUACCACAGUGGAGACAGCAACACACAGGAGAGAGACACCACGGAUAGAAGUGAAAACGACUGCUAUGCUCAGAGCGCGAACCAGGUGGGCCAAGAAAAAAGUGUUGGCGCAAGUGCUGAAGUGAAGACGGAUGGGCUGCUUCCUCACCUAAGCGGCCACGUGGAAGAAUCAAACAAAGGGUUAAACAAGCAACUCACUUACCGCCUCAACAGUGACGAGGUACAGAAUUUAGGGGGAAAUAACACAGGAGACACUCCCGCCAAUAGUGUUACGCAGAGUGGGUAUACCCACCAGUACACUCGGCAGUAUGUUCACCAGCAAAACUACCCCCCGAGUGACAAAAAGAGAGGUACAUAUACGUGCAACGAUAAGGAGAUCGACCAAGGGAAGAGGCAGUACAACCCCUUCGAAAGCAGGAACUCAUUCACGCGUGCCACUGCGUCUUAUAGGGGAGGCCCCAACAACCUCCGGGAUGGAUACAAAAGGGAAAAUGACAUGAAGAAAAAUUUUUUUAAAAAAAACGAAAUUGAAAGCAAUCCACAAAUGACAGACAUUUUAAACAUCAACAAUCAUGCCAAAGGAGGAGAAGGCCUCUUUUUCUCCCCCCAAAAUGAGGGCAAGAAUUUUCGAAACGUUAUUACUAACAUGAGCACGAUAAGACAAGAAAAGUUACAGACCCCAAAUGGCAGCAGCUUUCAUUAUAGAAAUGACAAAAACGAACAUGCUUUUAAGAGCAGGAGCAUACUUAAAAGGAAUAAAUAUGUUGACCCCAAUGCGGGGUUCAAUCAGGACAGGAAGAAGAAUAACCAUCAGAUUCCUAACCCCGUGGAGAAGGGAUACCAACAGAGGGAGAGAGAAGCAGGAACAGAGGCAGAAACGGGAACAGAUGGAGAAAGGCAAAGACGCACAUCUAACAGCAGAUACGCAAAGGUGGACAAAAUGGACAACCCUGUGACCUACAUGGGAAGAACUCCUGACACGCUGCUCCACAAACACAACGGAGACCCAAAGAAUAAUUUUCUCCAAAGCAGUUAUUUUCCGUACCAACAAAAUAAAAAAAACGGAUUCAUCAAAUACGGAGAUGUAGAAACGUCCUAUGGAAACCACAAGGAGGUGAAGAAACCACAGUUCAGGAAAUUUUUCAAUUGCGCAGCAGACACGGGAACAUCAAUGACCAAUGAAGGCACUGCCAACUUUGGAAAAAUUUGCAAAAUUAGGAACAUUUAUAUGGACCAAUUUCCCCGAAAAUAUUUCCCUGGAGAAACAAACAAGUUUUGUAAUGCUAAUUUAAAUUACUCAUACCAAAAUAAGAGCAACGUCGAUUUGCCUCCUGCUUCAAACGAGUACGUGAAGUUUUCGUCCCUGGUCAAGGGGAAGACUAGAAUAAAUGCGGACCCGAGCUUUGUGGAAAAUGGGGCGUUCAAAGUGGGGGUCCCAAUGCAGGACCAAGUGAGGGACCAAGCUUCCCUCGGUGAAGUUUAG